UUUAAUAGAACUCUGGACCCCCUCUUCGCCCUCCUGAUCGGCACAACCGCCGCCACGAUCCGCAUCCGCCGCGAAGAAGCCGAGGCCGGGAGAUCGGGGGGCGAAGCUUGGGGGCUGUUUACUCGGUUGGUAUUCUCCUUCAUU